UGCCUCAGUCAUACCUACGUAUUAGAAGCUACAACCACCGGUGACUAAAUAAGUCACAGAUAAACACAGGUUUCAAGCAAAGACAAAGCGAUCAGAAACACGCAAAAUCAGCACCCUGCCGUAACAAUCAGAAGUCAUAUUACGAAGAACGCAUUAACAAGAAGAUAAAUAUACAAGUGAUUUUACAAACAGGCGAUAUCAGGAUGGAGUGGCAACCAGACGAGCAGGGAUUGCAGCAGGUGCUGCAGCUCCUGAAGGAUUCUCAGUCCCCAGACACGGCAACACAGAGGGCUGUCCAAGAGAAACUGGAACAGCUGAACCAGUAUCCUGACUUCAACAAUUACCUUAUCUUUGUCCUGACCAGCCUGAAGUCUGAAGACGAGCCCACUCGCUCACUGAGUGGGUUGAUCCUCAAGAACAAUGUGAAGGCCCACUACCAGAACUUCCCGCCCGCCGUGGCCGACUUCAUCAAGAGAGAGUGUCUGAACAACAUUGGUGAUCCGUCCCCACUCAUCCGAGCCACUAUUGGUAUCCUGAUCACCACCAUCGCCUCCAAGGGGGAGCUGCAGACAUGGCCGGAGCUGCUGCCCCAGCUCUGCAACCUGCUCAACUCCGAGGACUACAACACCUGCGAGGGCUCGUUUGGCGCGCUUCAAAAGAUCUGUGAAGACUCCUCGGAGCUGCUGGAUAGCGACGCCCUGAACAGGCCCCUCAACAUCAUGAUCCCCAAGUUCCUGCAGUUCUUCAAGCAUUACAGCCCCAAGAUCAGGUCCCAUGCUAUCGCAUGCGUUAAUCAGUUCAUCAUCAGCCGAGCUCAGGCGCUCAUGGACAACAUUGACACCUUCAUCGAGUCUCUCUUUGCGCUGGCUGCCGACGAGGACUCGGAGGUGCGCAAGAACGUGUGCCGGGCCCUGGUCAUGCUGCUGGAGGUCCGCAUCGACCGCCUCAUCCCCCACAUGCACAGCAUCAUCCAGUACAUGCUCCAGCGUACGCAGGAUACAGAUGAGAACGUGGCCCUGGAGGCCUGUGAGUUCUGGCUGACGCUGGCGGAGCAGCCCAUCUGCAAGGAGGCCCUGUCCGGACACCUCGUCCAACUGAUCCCAAUCCUUGUGAAUGGAAUGAAGUAUUCCGAGAUCGACAUCAUUCUUCUGAAGGGCGACGUGGAGGAGGACGAGACUGUGCCGGACAGCGAGCAGGACAUCAAGCCGCGCUUCCACAAGUCGCGCACCAUCACGCUGCAGCACGAGGGGGGCGAGGGCGAGGAGGGGGAGGACAUCGACGAGGAUGAGGACGAUGACGACGACACGCUGUCCGACUGGAACCUCCGUAAGUGUUCGGCGGCGGCCCUGGACGUGUUGGCCAACGUGUUCCGUGACGAGCUGCUGCCCCACCUGCUGCCCCUGCUCAAGGGGCUCCUCUUCCACCCCGACUGGGUCAUCAAGGAGUCCGGCAUACUGGUCCUGGGCGCCAUCGCAGAGGGUUGCAUGCAGGGCAUGGUGCCCUACCUGCCCGAGCUGAUCCCGCACCUCAUCCAGUGCCUGUGUGACAAGAAGGCCCUGGUGCGCUCCAUCGCCUGCUGGACGCUGAGCCGCUACGCCCACUGGGUGGUGAGCCAGCCGCCCGACGCCCACCUCAAGCCCCUCAUGACCGAGCUGCUCAAGCGCAUCCUGGACGGCAACAAGAGGGUGCAGGAGGCCGCCUGCAGUGCGUUUGCCACCCUGGAGGAGGAGGCGUGCACGGAGCUGGUGCCCUACCUGAGCUUCAUCCUGGACACGCUGGUCUUCGCCUUCGGCAAGUACCAGCACAAGAACCUGCUCAUCCUCUACGACGCCAUCGGCACGCUGGCCGACUCCGUGGGACACCAUCUCAACCAGCCGGAGUACAUCCAGAAGCUGAUGCCUCCCCUCAUCCAGAAGUGGAACGAGCUGAAGGAUGAGGACAAGGACCUCUUCCCCCUGCUGGAGUGUCUGUCGUCGGUCGCCACGGCGCUGCAGAGCGGUUUCCUGCCCUACUGUGAGCCCGUCUACCAGCGCUGUGUCACGCUGGUGCAGAAGACCCUGGCCCAGGCUAUGAUGUACAGCCAGCAGCCGGACCAGUACGAGGCCCCGGAUAAGGACUUCAUGAUUGUGGCCCUGGACCUGCUGAGCGGCCUGGCCGAGGGCCUGGGCGGACACGUGGACCAGCUGGUUGCCCGCAGCAACAUCAUGACCCUGCUCUUCCAGUGCAUGCAGGACACCAUGCCAGAGGUGAGGCAGAGUUCCUUCGCUCUGCUGGGCGACCUGACCAAGGCCUGCUUCCCUCAUGUCAAGCCCUGCAUCGCUGAGUUCAUGCCCAUCCUGGGGACCAACCUGAACCCGGAGUUCAUCUCCGUCUGCAACAACGCCACCUGGGCCAUCGGGGAGAUCUGCAUGCAGAUGGGUGUGGAGAUGCAGCCGUACGUAGCGCUGGUUCUCACCCCCCUGGUGGAGAUCAUCAACCGGCCCAACACUCCCAAGACCCUCCUGGAGAACACCGCGAUUACCAUUGGCCGUCUGGGCUACGUGUGUCCGCAGGAAGUCGCUCCAAUGCUUCAGCAGUUUAUCCGACCCUGGUGCACAUCAUUACGUAACAUCCGGGAUAACGAGGAGAAGGACUCCGCAUUCCGGGGCAUCUGUGUCAUGAUUGGAGUCAAUCCAGGAGGCGUCGUGCAGGACUUCAUCUUCUUCUGCGAUGCAGUGGCGUCCUGGGUGAACCCUAAAGAAGACCUAAGGGACAUGUUCUAUAAGAUCCUGCACAGCUUUAAGGAGCAGGUGGGCGAGGAGAACUGGCAGCAGUUCUCGGAGCAGUUCCCCCCCAUCCUCAAGGAGAGGCUGGCUGCCUGCUACGGCGUCUAGUCGCCCUCUCACCCCGCCGGCACGGGAAGCUUGUGUCAGAUUUAACCUUUAGGAGGGUUACCGGGGGGAACUCAUCCAUCUGUGUAUUGCACUGCCCUGAUUGUGGGGGAGAGGGACGUGAUUGGCCGCUCCACCUUGACGGACAGACCCCACACCCUAUGAUGUGUGUCCAUGUGUGUGGGUGGGUGGGGGGGGGGGGGGGACUCCUCUUCUAGAUAACUGUGGAAAGCACCCAUUACGGGCUAAACUUAAAUAAAAGUAGGGAAAGACAAACUGUAGGGAAAGACAGGUAAAGACAGGUUAAAAACUUAAUAAAGCGAGAGAACGAGGGAGGGAGGGAGGUUUAGGUAAGCUUAAGUUUAAAAACACAGUAAUAAUAAUUAAGAAAUAAAAAUAAGUGAAAAGGAAUAUCAGCCUGUGCUGGGAUAGAACACUGCAAAAGCAAACCCUUUUUUUAACCUUGAGGCAGCAGCAUAAACACCCAAGAUGCUCGAACUUAACAGUAAUACUUUUUCGGGAGGGAACAGUAGAAAAGAAAAAAGCAAACAAAUAAAGAAACGUACACAUAAUGUCAUAUAGAUCUUGGCACAAGCACAUAAAAUACUGUACAACGCGUAUGAACAUCAGGCCAACCUGAAUCAAGCAUAGAAACUUGCAAUUACAAGUAUCAUGCAGUGGGGGGCGCUGUCUUAAUUGAAGAAGAAGAAAAACAGACAUAGAAAACGGAAACGUUCUGUUGCACGGGAGAGACUUGGCGUGACGUUGGAGGUGUGUUUGCUUGUAUGUAUGUGUGUGUGUAUAUGUGUGUGUGUACACAUACAUGACACAUGCGUAUGAUGGGGCAGAAAGAGAGGAGGGUAAACUAAUAGUCUCUCUUUGAGAGCAUGAAAAAAGUGAGGGAGGGGGGGAAUUCAAGGGCUCUGUAUGAGAAUAGUCUCAUUUGUCACUUUGAACUGGUUAUAACCAUUGGUCUUCUUUUAUCUCUCAUCUUCUCUCUCUCUCUCUCUCUCUCUCUCUCUCUCUCUCUCUCUCUCUCUCUCUCUCUCUCUCUCUCUCUCUCUCUCUCUCUCUCUGCACAUACAUCCAGGAGCACAUUUAAGUUUCAUUUUGUCGUUUAAUUUUAAUUUUUAGAAUCCUCUGGAAUUAUCGGAAGCAUCAUACUAUUAUUAUUAUUAUUAUUAUUCUUAUAAGUGGUUAGAUUUUCUCCCUGCCUGGCGUGUAGAUUACUGCAACCCUGUAACUUCUCCAUAUACCAUAUGCAUAUUAGAGACAGCUGCGCAACAAGCGUUCAUUUGUUAAUGAGGGUCUAGCGACAUUGAAAAAAGUGUGGGGGAGGGGGGAGGGAGGCAGUACCGCUCCGUUCCGUCUAACAUCAUGUCACGCGUUCUUUGUGCGUCAGUGUUUUUUGACUCGUGCCUGUGUCGUCUAACCAGUUUUUAAGUGUUUUUUUGUUUUGUUUUGUUUUUACUUUUUUUUCUUUUGGCUUUUUUGUCAUUAGGUUUUUAUUUUUUACUUUAUUUUGUGGUUGUAUUACGGGAUGUUUAUUGUUUUGAGGUACUUGACUCCUACACCCCUUGUCUCCUAGCGACCUGUAAACUGUGACCAACCGUGUGUGGGUGUGUCUGUGUGUUUGUCCGUGUGUGUGUGUGUGUGUGUGCGUGUGUGCGUGUGUGCGCGUGUGUGUGUCUGUGACAGGAGUGUUUGUGCGAUGGUGUGCGUGUACGUGGAGGAGUAUGCAUGGGAAAGAGGGAGGUGUGUUGAUAGUUCAAAAAAAGGAAGGUGAGCGUAUGAUUGUGCAAAUAUAUUUGUAUUGAUACCUAUUGAUGCCAUAAUGACAUUUGGUAUAGUGACUGUCACCAUGGUGAUUAAAAUCGAACAUAGUUUUACUCAAUGAUCUGUCUUUUUUUUCCUUUUUUUGUUUUGCUGCUACUGUUAAAAAACAAAAUUCGCCAGUGAAUGAAAUAUCACAAUCCUUAACUAAAAAAGAGAAAAAAAUCCUUUAGAGUAAUCGGAUGGUUUCACGUUAUGCACUUUUUUAUUUUAUUUUUUAUUAUGUUAUUUUUUUCAUUUGUUUUCUUUUCUUUUUUUUCUUUUUUUUUUUUUUUUUGCAAAUUUACUGAUAGGUGAUACAGGAUACUCCACCAUUUUCUGCCUUGUUUGUUUUGUAUAGUGUAAGAUGUGAAAUGUCUGUGUUUGCUGGGGAAAACAAGUCAAUAUAUUAACAGCCCUGUUAGACAGAUUCCAUGCUUUGUAAAUUUCUGUCAUGAAGCAUUGGCUCUCAAUACAAUCAGACUUUUCUCUCAACCGACAAAAUAAAACAAUUUUCUACCAAGACAGAA